UCUUAUCGUAUUAACAGGUCUUGUGACAUCAUUAAAUAAAGAUAAGCGCUUGGCUUAUUCGAGCGUUCAGGUUUUUACUUCUCUUUCGAGCUCAGGCUUAAAAUAAUCAAAAAAUGGAGUCCCAAGUCAUUGUUGUUGGAGGAGGGUUAAGCGGUUUAAGUGCUGCAAAAUGGUUAAAGGAAUCAGGAGUCAAUGUUAUUCUACUGGAAGCAAGGGAUCGCGUUGGAGGACGAACACUUACGAAAUUUGAUCUUAAAGUUGAUUAUGUGGAUAUGGGAGGAGCAUAUGUCGGCCCUAGUCAAAAUAGAUUACUCCGAAUGGCGAAAGAAUUCGGGGUAGAAAACUACAAAAUCAAUGAAAAAGAGGAUUUAGUAUAUUACAGUCAUGGUAAACGAACUCCUUUUAAGCCAAGCAGUUUUCCGACUCUGAGAAACCCUUUUGUUAGCAUGGAUAUCAAUAAUAUAUUUUAUUUAACGGACAAAAUGGGUGAAGAAAUUCCUGCUGAAGCCCCAUGGAAUGCUCCCCAUGCAGAUGAAUGGGAUACAAUAACAUACAAGGAUUGGCUGCAAAAAACUUGUUGGACAAAGGGAGCUUUAGAUUUCUUUAAUAAUAUCAUGAAUGCAUUUAUUACUUCUGAGCAUUACGAAGCUUCUCUAUUAGGCUUCCUUUGGUAUAUAAAACAAUGUGGAGGAAGCAAGAGAAUCCUCUCUACUACAAAUGGUGGACAGGAAAGAAAGUUCAAAGGAGGCUCGCAGCAGAUAAGUAAAAAAAUGGCUGAAAAGUUAGGAGAUGCUGUUAUUAAACAAAGUCCGGUUGUUGGAAUUGAUCAAAGUUCAAAAGACGUCGUGAUUGUGAAAACGCUGAAUGGUAAAGAAUACAAGGCCAAGUAUGUGAUUCUUGCAUUACCACCUGUACUACAAAUGAAAAUUCACUAUACACCAGAACUGCCACCCUUGCGAAACCAGUUGAUCCAAAGAGCUCCAAUGGGAUCAGUCAUGAAAGUCGUCGUCUACUAUUCCAAACCCUUCUGGAGAAGUAAAGGAUAUUGCGGAUCAUUUUUGAUUGAAGGUGGGCCAGAUUUUCCAGUUAAUUUCACGCUUGAUGACACAAAACCAGAUGACACUUUUCCUGCUAUUAUUGGGUUUAUUUGUUCAGAUAAGCUUCGUCGUUUGUGUCAACUAAGUGCAGAAGAAAGAAAAAAUAUGGUAGCUAAAAGCUUCGCUGAAGUAACGGGCCUUCAAGAGUUUCUUAAACCAAUUCACUAUGAAGAGCAUAAUUGGAUGGAAGAACAAUAUUCUGGAGGAUGUUAUACAGCUAUGUAUCCACCGGGGUUUUUCACUCGUUAUGGAAGAGUGAUACGUGAACCAAUAGACAGGAUGUAUUUUGCUGGCACGGAAACUGCAAUAGAAUGGUCUGGUUACAUGGAAGGUGCCAUUGAAGCUGGGGAGAGAUCUGCUCGAGAAAUUCUUUAUGCGAUGGGAAAAAUAACACGUGAUAAGAUAUUUCAAAAGGAACCUGAAUCAACAGAUGUCUUACCAAAACCUUUUGAGGUUAGCUUUACUGAGAAAUAUACACCAACUGUGCCUACUUUUUUGAAGUUAAUGACCAUAACUGCUAUUGGAUUAGGAGCACUAACUUUUCUGAAAUGUCCUAAAUCAGUAAAAAGCGAUAUGUUAUCUUGCUUCAAACUACGCUGAAUGAGCUUAUUUUGUAAUUUUUUUAAUAAAAACUAUUUUUGUAAUUUUUUUUCAAAAUUUUGAAUUGCAAAUAAAAGAUAUUUAUAAUCUUG